CGGAUGGGGCGGAGGCUUCCGCGGGAGGGCAGCGGGGCGGUGGGAAUGGGGGAGCCGCGGGGCGUGGCGGCGGUGGCGGCGAGAGCGGCGGCUAUCGUGCUCGGGGCGGGCGCCUGCUACUGCCUGUGGCGGCUGGCGGCGGGUGGCCGGCGGGGGCCGCGGGGCCCGCCGCCAGACAACAGUCCUCCAGUGUCAACCCAUACCAUGGAUGCAGAUGCUCUACAGAAACUUAUUUAUUUGCUGCAGGCCACAGAUGAUCCAUUAAUUCAAGAGCAAGCUUUAAUCACUCUCGGCAACAGUGCUGCCUUCUCUGUAAAUCAAGACAUAAUCCGGAAUUUGGAUGGCCUUUCUGUUAUUGGAGGGAUGCUCUCAAGUUGCGUUCCCAAAGUUAAAGAAAAAGCACUGAAUGCACUUAAUAAUUUGAGUAUGAAUAUUAAAAAUCAGGAAGAGAUAGAGGUAUAUAUUACACAAGUGUGUGAGAACGUUGAGUCAGCUGCCCUGAACUCUGACCUGCAGCUAGCUGGACUCCGAUUGUUGACAAAUAUGUCUGUUACCAGCGACUACCACCAUCAGAUGAUAAACUCAAUUCCGUGCUUGCUUCGUUUGCUUUCGGAAGGAACUGAAAGGACACAGAUUCAAGUUUUGAAAGUACUUGUGAACUUAUCUGCAAACCCAGCCAUGACAAGACAUCUUCUCAGAGGCCAAGUGCAAACACUGCUGUUACUUUUUGACAACUGUACAAACAGAGAUAUUCUGCUUAGAGCCCUGGUGUUUGCAGCAAACUUGAAACAGAAUGUGAACAACAAAGAUGGCACCAUGGACCAGUACAGUGAAAGUUCAAUUUUCUUUACACUCUGUGGGGACUCUACUGCAUUUGCUCAGAAACUGGCAUCUUUGUUGCAUCACCCUGAUGCAGAAGUGAAAGAGCAAGUUGUGAGAAUAUUAACACAGUAGUGAUUCCUUUUCUAAAGGAACAGACUGACCUGAUGAGAAUAUCUCACCUUAGGAAUGCAGGCUAAACAACCCCCAAAAUACUAAAUACUACCAUAUUAGGCACAUACUACCAUACUAGGCACAAAUCAGUUACUACAAAACAGAAUGCAAUGUAUUUAAUAGAGCAUAACAUUAUUUUUUUAAUGAACAAGAUAACAAGACAAAAGCAAUAGCUUAACAGUGAGAAACCACUGGACAGCUGGUACAUGUACCCAACGGGGAGGAAUAGUUUAAAACAUGAACUUCCAGAUGUACAGUGAACAUUUGAAAUGGAGAAGUGAAUUAAAAUGUUCUCAGCAUCAUAAAGAAUUUUUGUUACCAUAUUUGCAGCUGUUGAAUAAAUACCUCUAUGGAAUGAUGCAUUGAAGGUUCAGCAA